GGCCGUGACGUCAUUUCCGGGCUGAGGCAACUGCGCCGCGCGGUCUCUCUCUCUCUCUCCGUCUCCGGGGCAACGGGCAGCGCGCGGGCGGGAUGAGAUGAGCCGCGAGUGAGUGAGUGAGUGAGUGAGGACCCGGGCCGGGCCGGGCCGGACACGAAGCUGCCCGACCCGCUGAAUGACUCCAGCACUGUGUGACCUUCUUCCCAUGAUGCAUUCUGCCCCCCACGUGACUGCGCAAUGGCAGGGGCGGGGCCGACACCUGUCAGGGUUUAGGAGCCGUUGCUGUGGACGGAGAGACGGAGGCGUGAGCGGCAAUAGAGUGCGGCCAGGGUGCUGGUGAGUGCCCCCUCCCCUUUCUGCUCGGUGUGCGGGCUGAGCUUCGAGGGGCUGAGCUUUGGUGGAGGACCACAUGGCGGGGCCCAACAAGGAGAAGCGUUAUGAGUGUGAUGUGUGUGGCAAGGCCUGGCGGUACCCGAGCGAGCUGGAGGCCCACCGGCGGGUUCACACGGGAGAACGCCCCUUUGACUGCAGAGAGUGUGGCAAGAACUUUAAGACGGCGAAUGACCUGAAGGUCCACCAGCGAGUGCACACGGGCGAGAGGCCCUAUGGCUGCUCCACCUGUGGCAGGAGCUUUACCCAGUUGUCGGGGCUGCGGGAGCACCAGUUGGGGCACAGCAGUGAGUGGCCUUUCUCCUGCUCCGACUGCGGCAAAGGCUUCAAGUCUUCGCCGGUACUGAAGGUGCAUAGGCGCCUGCACACCGGGGAACGCCCUUACACCUGCACCCUGUGCGGCAAGGGCUUCACCCACUCCAAAAACCUGCUGGUCCACCAGCGCAGCCACACCGGUGAGCGCCCCUACACCUGCACCCAGUGCGGCAAGGGCUACACCCGCUCCAGCAGCCUGCUGGUGCACCAGCGCACUCACACCGGCGAGCGCCCCUACAUCUGCACCCAGUGUGGCAUGGGAUUUACCCGCUCCACACAUCUGCUGUCCCACCAGCGGGUGCACUCCGGUGAGCGGCCCUUUGGCUGCUCUGACUGCGGCAAGGACUUCAAGGAUGCGCAACAGCUGAAGAUCCACCGGCGAGUGCACACGGGCGAGAAGCCCCAUGGCUGCUCCACCUGCGGCAAGAGCUUUGCCCGGUCAUCGGGGCUAUGCCAGCACCGGCGGGUGCACAGCGGUGAGCGGCCCUUCACCUGUUCUGACUGCGGCAAAGGCUUCAAGUCGUCCGCUCACCUGAAGGUGCACAGGAGCCUGCACACCGGGGAGCGGCCCUACACCUGCAUCGACUGUGGCAUGGGCUUUACCCAGUCCACCAGGCUGCUAGAGCACCAGCGCACCCACAUCGACGAGUGCCCCUAAACCUGCGCCCAGUGCGGCAAGGGCUUCACCCGCUCCACCAAGUUGCUGUCUGUCCACCAGCGGGUGCAUGCCGGUGACCGUCCCGUCCCCAGCCCGGUGUGUGGAGAGUGUUUUGCCAUGGCCUCGCACGCCCUGUCUCAACACCACGUGCACACCAGUGGCCCGCCCUACGACUGCCCGUACUGUGGUGAGACGUUUUACAGCUCGCGGGGGUUGCGGCAGCACCGGCGGGCCCACGUCGGCGAGCAGCUGCUCCCACUGUGACAGAUCAUGGGGGCUGCGGGAGCACCAGUGGAUACACACCAGGGAGAGACCCUUUGUGUGGCAAGGGUUUCACCCAUAUGUACAGCACCGGCGUACCCACAGAGGUAAGCGUCCCUUCCCCUGCCCGUCUUGUGGUAAAGGCUUCACCCGCCUUGACCACCUGCUGAAGCACCAACGAGUCCACACCGGCCAGCGCCCCUUCACCUGCCCGCUCUGUGGCAAGCCCUUUGUCCACUCCUCCAGCCUGCUGGCACACCGUCACGUGGAUAGGCGCUGUUUCGGUAAACACAAAAUGCUGGAAGAAAUGGGUAACAUUUCAAGUCGAGACCCUUCUUCAGUCGCGACCCGAAACGCCACCCAGACCUUCUCUCCAGAGAUGCUGUCUGUCCCGCUGAGUUUCUCCAUAAUUUUGUUUCCUUUUUUGUAAACCAGCAUCUGCAGUUCCUUGUUUUUAAACCAUUCUUGUUAACCAUCUCUGCACCUUCCCCUAAGCCUCCACAUCAGUCCUGUAAUGGAGUGACCAGAACUGUAUGCAAUACCACAAAUGCUACCUGACCAAUGUCCCUUAAAGCUGCACAUUUACACUCCUCUAUCCUUACCUCACAUCCUUUUAUCUCCUUAUUUUCCCUCGCCUCUGACACUCAUCUGGCGAUCACCCCCUCAUCUGUUAACAUAGUGUCAGUC